CCCUGGGGGGGGGAAGGCCUCGGGACAGCGGCGGGCCCGUGGGCGCUCUGGGUUUGCGCGGAUCCCCCGGCGGUGGCGGGUUCCCCAGCCGAGGGGCCUCGCCCAAGCGUGUCCUGCCCCGAUACCCCGCGCCUGCCGCUGGGACGUUUUUCCUGCUUGUGUGAGACGUGACCCGAGGUGAAUUGAAGCCGCCGCCACCCUCCAGGGGAAGAGCUCGGCGCCCUUUGCUGGCCCGGAGUUCGUGUGUCUGAUCUAAAACCCGCCCUGGGCUGCGCUAGGAGUAACUCGGGGGACACUUGCUACUAGCCACCAUGUUUAUUCUAGUGGAGAUGAUGGAUACGGUACGGAUUCCUCCAUGGCAGUUUGAAAUGAAACUCAAUGACUCCAUUGCCGAAGAGCUAAAUAAGAAGUUAGCUAACAAGGUUGUGUACAAUGUUGGCCUCUGCAUCUGUCUGUAUGACAUCACAAAGCUGGAAGACUCGUACAUAUUUCCUGGGGAUGGUGCGUCACACACUAAAGUGCAUUUCCGGUAUGUGGUAUUCCAUCCCUUUCUGGAUGAGAUUCUGAUCGGUGAGAUUAAAGGCUGCAGUCAGGAUGGAGUUCAUGUUUCUCUUGGUUUCUUCGAUGACAUUGUCAUCCCUCCAGAGUCCCUGCAGCAGCCAGCUAAGUUCGAUGAAGCAGAGCAGGUCUGGGUGUGGGAAUAUGAGACAGAAGAAGGGGCUCAUGACCUGUACAUGGACACGGGGGAGGAGAUCCGCUUCCGGAUAGUGGAUGAGAACUUUGUUGACACAUCUCCUACAGGUCCAAGCUCCACAGAGGCCUCCACCUCUGGUGCCACAGAGGAGGUACAGAAGAAGGAGGCACCCUACACUCUGGUGGGAUCUAUCAGUGAGCCUGGCCUGGGUCUCCUCUCAUGGUGGACAAACAGUUAGCAGCAGUCAAACUUGUUCUGCAUGGACCCUACAGGAUGGAUGCUUUCAGGGAUUGCAAGAGCCAGCUGGGGCCCUGCUCCCCUCCAGGCAGUGGACAAGAAAGCAGGGCUUCCAUGUUCCUGUCUGCUCCCCACCAGGUCAAGCUGAUAACUGCCAAGAAAUACCUCCCUUAGAACUGUACAAGUAAAACUACAGACGUGGAAGGGCUGCCCUGUUAUGUGGACCCAGCAGCCACAAACCCAUCUGGGACUUUGACAUCCUGGAAAGCAGAUCAAAAUUGGGUUCAAAUGCCAAAGAAAGUCUCUGCUGUCUUGAAAAAGAACAGUCUGAGUUAUAGUGGCAGGACAAGUGGUGCUGUCUGGCCAGAAGAAACUGGUAAUUCCCUACCACACCCAGUCUCCUGGCUUGAGAAAUGUAAUGAGGUGUAAGCAAAGGCCUGUCUCUCCUUUAGUGGAAGUGUUCAUAUCUCCUUGGCACAAAACAAGGAGGUGCUGCUGUCUGAACAUGAGAGAGAACCACAAAGUAUGGGAAAGGAAUACAUUGGCUCUUAAGCCAUUGUAAACCCUGGUGAUGAACGGAUGGGAAUCCAGCCCAUAGAGGAGGAUUCACUUCACUGAACAAGGGAGCUGGAGUUCUGUUACCUGAAUUGCUAUGAAGAUGGAAGGGUGACAGCUUACUAAGAAGCAAUUUAGCUUUGGUUUCUAAUCCUUUGCUGUUCUCUGAAAACAACCACCUGCUAUUGUGCUGAAGUGAGAUGCUGUAAUACAGUGCAUGGACUGUAGUCUUAUGCAAAACAAGCUCAAUUCUACUGGUGGCUUGGCUGAAAUGGUCACUUAAUUUUAGGAGAGGCCAUCUUGCUGAGUAAAGCUGUAUUUCCAGUCCCUGAAGGGGCAAGAAGGCUGGUUUUAAUAUUAGAUGAAUAAAUGUUAUUACUAGCUAUACACAACCCAGCUUCUUCUCUAUCAGGAACAGACAAACCCAGGCUCCUGCAGCCUGGGAUGCUUACUCCAUCUUGAUGCAGAUACUUUCUGGUUUCUACUUUUGAGGAGCAGCAUUAAACACAGGAACCAAAUUCAAUUACUUUUGCUGACAGCAAUGAAAGGAAAGCAGGGAACAAAAAGUUAGUGGGAGUCUGCAGGGCAGGGAGCCAGGACUGUGAUGUGUUUUGCAUGAUUAAAUAGUAGCCAUUUUGUGGGGGCUAAAACCAUGAAAGUAAAGCUUAAGUCACUGGAAUCAUUCCUGCAAUAUAAUUACAGCUCCUUGCUUCUAAGCUUGGCUGUUACUGGUUCAUAGAUUUAAUAAAAAGGAAGUCUAGAAUUCAUCUUAGCACAGCUAUCUGAAUUUAUGAAGUCCCUUCUGUGCUGUCUCCAGCUUCUAAUGAAGUAUAGCAAUACUGACCAAACAUUGCUCUAACAGGGCUGCUAAUGGGAAAGAAAGGUAUUGUAUUUUACAGAACGUUGUAGCUUGGAGCACAGGAGGAGCAGAUUUGAGCAUGUUCUAGGAAUUGGCUUCAAGGAGAGGAUGCUCUUCACACCGACUCAUCUUUGUAUUUUAAGGCACUUUGGCUAUGUGAAAACUAUGGCUUCCAAGCAGCUGAAGUCUGACCAAUAAAAACUACUGGUGGUGUGUCUCAUACACUAGUUAUUGCACUGUGACCUAUGCACACAGGGUCAUGAACAACUAGCAAGUUACAGCACUGGCAGUGCUGUCUACCCCUCUGAGUUCUGAGGCUAGAUUGAAGCUUGCAUUGGUGCAGUGUCAGAGAAAUGGAAAAGUUCUCUAAUUUUCAGUAUUUUGGAAUAUAAGUGAGGCAAUAUGCUAGCAUACACCUAGCAAUUCCCAGAGUCCCAGCAUGGACUCUUCACCCCAGCUAUGUAUUACUGCUGUUCCUUUCAAAGGCAGCAAUAAAUUAAGAGGGUAGUUGGAACUACACAGCUGAGAGUUGCUUCCCCCUAACCCUUGCUGCCGUUGGGGCCCUUCUGUUCCCAGUAAGUGAAUUUCAGACCCCAUUCUAAAAAACAAGUCUUCCACUUGGCAUUGCAUGUAUACUUUUACUCUGCUUCCAACAAGUGUUCUGCUUGUAUGUGCUGACUAUCUGAAACAUACCAUAUCUCCUCUACGGUGCUUGGUACUCAUGCUUAUUGUCUGAAAGCCUUUCAGCUACUUAGAUACAAGUGAUUUCUGGACCUAUUCACUGAGUGAGUGAAGAAUCAAUUAGUUAAGAUUUGCA